UGCAUAAAGUGCGCGCAGUUUGCGCGAUGCUCCGUCGGUCUAAUCACGUCCGAAGUGCCCAUACUUACCCACCUACGAGCUAUAUAUAAGUAUACACACCAACCAGUAAGGCAGUAAUCAGUAUGCGCGCAUUUUGUUUUAUAACACACAAGUCAUAGCUUCUUAAUUUCCCGUUGUCACUACUUUUUCGUCAAAUCUCAUAAUCGUCUACAAUUCUCAUCUUUUGUUCGUUUAAAUAUUCCCGAAUGUCAAGUGCAGCAACCUGAUCGAAAUGGCAAAUUUAAGACAGACACCGUUAACUUGUAGUGGUCACACGCGGCCCGUUGUGCAUCUUCAUUUUUCGGACGUCACAGAUUCUGGCUAUUACUUGAUUUCAGCUUGCAAAGAUGGCAAGCCAAUGUUACGACAAGGUGAUACUGGUGAUUGGAUUGGUACCUUUGAAGGACAUAAAGGAGCUGUGUGGGGUGUUGCUUUGAAUUCGGAAGCCACUAAAGCAGCAACCGGAGCUGCUGAUUUUAAUGCCAAAGUUUGGGAUGCAGUUAGAGGAGAAGAAUUACAUUCCUUUCAACACAACCAUAUUGUUAAAUGUGUAGAGUUUAGUAAAGAGUCCGAAUAUCUUGCGACCGGAUCUAACGAGAAACUUGUGCGAAUUUUUGACUUGAAUAAACCAGAAGCUGACCCACAGGUUUUUUCUGGACACACCAGUGGUAUCAGACAUGCAACUUUCUUUGACAAUGACAAACUACUUAUAACUUGCGCAGAUGAUAAGACUUUGAGAGUUUGGGAUAGAAGUAGUGGUCUAGAAGUUAAAAAACUUGAAUUCCCAGCCAUCCCACGAUCUAUGGAAUUAUCCAAAGAUGGAAAGAUUAUCACAACGACUCACUCUAAUAUUGUUACCUUCUGGGAUAGUAAAGAGUUGACCAAGCUGCGAGAGUUCACCGUGCCGACACAGGUAAAUAGCGCCAGUUUACAUCCGGACAACAGUAUAUUUGUUUGCGGAGGAGAGGACUUGAAAAUGUACAAGUUUCACUAUACUACAGGUGUAGAAAUAGAAUCUUUUAAAGGACAUUUCGGUCCCAUACAUUGCGUACGUUUUUCUCCGGAUGGUGAACUUUAUGCGAGCGGUUCAGAAGAUGGAACCUUGAGACUGUGGCAGACUACUGUUGGCAAAACUUAUGGGCUGUGGCGUUGCGUUGAGCAGCCUUCAGCGCAAGAAAAUACUAGCAUAAUAAAUAACAAGCAAGAGGUGACUGCCAAUUGAGAUUUGAGUGGACCAAUACGGGUUGAUUAUAAUACAAACAUACAAGUGAGUUCUCAAACAAAAUUUCCGAAAAAUUGAUGAGGACGGACUGAUAUUUGAAAGGAAGAAACGAUUAUAUUUCAUAGAUUCAUAGUAUUUUUCAAGUUCAAUCGAGUGUUCAAGGCUAAAUUCUGUGUAAAUAAACAUGUGAAGAUAUCUUGUUUUUAACUUUCUCUGCUUGGACAGAGAGUUGUGAUAGCGACUUGAUUAUUUUGCGUAAUGAUAGGCAGACAAUGAAAAAUAAACAUUAACAUUUAUUAACGUUAUACACACCAUAUAAUUUAAUCAUACAAAAAAUGUAUAAAGCUUGUGAAUUAAAAGUUAAUAAAGAGUUUACAAGAUACGAGAUGAAUGAAAAUCUAACGUGUCUAACGUUUCUCUA